CUCCUCCUCCCGCCCUUUCUACCUCUGGGCGGGACCAGCGGGUGAUGAGAUACUCGGGCGGCGACUGUGGAAGGGGCGACGGCAACGGCAGCUGCAAUCACAUCCACGACCGUGACCAUGGCCGAGAAUCACGCCCAGAAUAAAGCCAAGCUCAUCUCUGAGACCCGUCGGAGGUUCGAAGCUGAGUGUAUAACAGAUAAGUCAGAUAAAUAUGAUCCACGUGAUGUUGAAAGGCUACAACAAGAUGAUAACUGGGUUGAAAGUUACUUACAUUGGAGACAUGAUAGUGUAGAUGAAACACUGAAGAUGCUUGAUGAAAGUUUUCAGUGGAGAAAAGAAAUUUCUGUCAAUGACCUUAACGAAUCCUCCAUUCCCAGAUGGUUAUUGGAAAUGGGUCUUAUUUAUCUCCAUGGUUAUGACAAAGAAGGUAACAAAUUGUUCUGGAUCAGGGUGAAGUAUCAUACAAAAGACCAGAAAACCAUACCGGACAAAAAAAAGCUCAUAGCAUUCUGGUUAGAACGUUAUGCUAAGAGAGAAAAUGGGAAACCUGUAACAGUGAUGUUUGACCUGUCAGAAACUGGAAUAAAUAGCAUCGACAUGGACUUUGUACGCUUUAUCAUCAACUGCUUUAAGGUUUAUUACCCUAAAUACCUCUCAAAAAUAGUGAUCUUUGAUAUGCCUUGGUUAAUGAACGCUGCUUUCAAAAUUGUGAAAAGCUGGCUUGGUCCAGAAGCAGUAAGUUUGUUGAAGUUUACAAGCAAAAAUGAAGUCCAGGACUAUGUCAGUGUAGAAUACCUGCCUCCACAUAUGGGUGGAACUGAUCCUUUCAAGUAUAGCUAUCCACCACUAGUGGAUGAUGACUUCCAGACACCAUUGUGUGAGAAUGGGCCUAUUACCAGUGAGGAUGAAACAUCAAGUAAAGAAGAUAUAGAAAGUGAUGGUAAAGAAACCUUGGAAACAAUUUCUAAUGAAGAACAAACAACUCUUCUAAAAAAGACUAACCCAACUGAGUCUACUUCAAAAGCAGAAGAAAAUGAAAAAGUUGAUUCAAAAAUAAAAGCUUUCAAGAAACCAUUGAGUGUGUUUAAAGGACCCUUACUACACAUCAGCCCAGCAGAAGAACUGUAUUUUGGAAGUACAGAAUCUGGAGAGAAGAAAACUUUAAUAGUGUUGACAAAUGUAACUAAAAAUAUAGUGGCAUUUAAGGUGAGAACAACUGCUCCAGAAAAAUACAGAGUCAAGCCAAGCAACAGCAGCUGUGACCCAGGUGCAUCAGUUGAUAUAGUUGUGUCUCCUCAUGGGGGUUUAACAGUCUCUGCCCAAGACCGUUUUCUGAUAAUGGCUGCAGAAAUGGAACAGUCAUCUGGCACAGGUCCAGCAGAAUUGACUCAGUUUUGGAAAGAAGUUCCCAGAAACAAAGUGAUGGAGCAUAGGUUAAGAUGCCAUACUGUUGAGAACAGUAAGCCAAACACUCUUACGUUAAAAGACAAUGCUUUUAACAUGUCAGAUAAAACCAGUGAAGAUAUAUAUCUACAACUCAAUCGUUUACUAGAAAGCAAUAGGAAGCUUGAAGACCAAGUGCAGCAUUGUAUCUGGUUCCAGCAGCUGCUUCUUUCCUUAACAGUGCUCUUGCUUGCUUUUGUCAUCUCUUUCUUCUACUUGCUAUAGAGUUAAAUAAGUGGUACCUGGUAGAAAACACAGCUCCUUCAUCUAUUAGUUGGAAAAAGUAAUGACCCAAAACUUCUCCACCAAGCUACUAAAAGUAUUGCACAUCUGGGCUUCCUAAAAGGAAAUGUGCAGCACCUAGAGGGGAACACAUAUAUGUCUUGAAAAUAAACUGUUAGAAUAAAGAAAUGCUGGAGAAAUUGAUUAUUGGAGACUAUAGCUAUUUAGUAAAGGCAUAGCCAUUGUGUAAAUUAAUAGUUUAAAUAUAAUUUAUUUUUUCCUUUUGAUUUGAAUACUUUUAAGGCUUAAGUUUUAUCAUGUAAAUACAUUAGCUGAACUGAAAAGUGUAAGUAACAUGCUUUCUUGCAGCCAAAUAUGUAAUCUGCUUUUUUAUGACAAAAUUAUCAUAGCUGAGCCAACUUACUAGCUUUUCUAUACUAUGUAUAUAGAAGACCAUGUAUAUUAAACGUAGAGGAAUUUAUGUAAUCAUAACUUUGUAAUUUUGAGAAUUACUUCCAGAUGAUAGUCAAUAUUCUUUUGGAAUGUAAACCUAUUUAAUGCCAAACCACCUUAGCCUUUGUUUCUCAGUGUUCCUCAACAGCCUGCCUUUUAUUAAUCUCGGGCUUUUUUAUGAACACUCUCAUUUCAGUAGAAUUUGGAAAACUAAGUGUGGUUGGAUUUUCUUCGAAUUCGGUUAGUAAUGCCCAGAAGGAGAGUCUUUUCAAGCAGUCCCCCUUUCCAGUCAUUUUUAUGUACCUUCCUGUUGUCUACUGUCCCUGCCUGGACACUGAACCUUUUGCCUAAUUUAUUAUAAAGGCUUGAUCCUUUGUUUUUCCAUCUUCCCCUCAUUUCUAAGUGAAAGGUGUCUGUCAGAUCAAAUUUUUUGAAGUUAUUUUUUCAAGAUGCUAAGCAGGAUAAUUUAGGUUUCAAAUAUUUGUUCCUUGUUAAAAUCAGCCAUGAGAAGGAAACUUACAAAGGACUGGAGUAUCUAUAAAAGUAAAAAAUAAAUAAAUAAAACAAAAACAUACAAGCUCAAGUGUCAGUUCUCCAUUUUAAAGAAUGAAAAAUAUAACUCACGAUGAACUGCAAAACCUUCAGCCCAGGACUAAUUGACUUACUUGACAUUCUGCCUUGGAUACAAUAAUAUGCAGUAUGGUUCCUAAAUUCGUAAAAAGAUAUACCUUGCAGUAGCAGAGGCUAAUGAAAUUAGUUUCCUUUCUCAUCAAUGUGACCAGUUUCAGUCCAUGUUGGUUCACGUGUAUGUCUACUUUAUAUGAAAGAAAAAGUCUGCCUGUAAAAUAAAUUUUGAGUUUCAAUUGAGCCAUGUUUGGAGAUUUAUUAUUAUUCUGAGGUGUAGAGUUGUUGGCUUUCAUCUUGAAGAAGUUGAUUCCAAAAUUGAGUUAUGAAGGAUGAUAUAAUAGAGUUCCUUCAAAAUUGGCCUAGGAAAUAAAACCUUAAAAGGACACUGGUGUGCUACUUUGUCUUAAUUUGGACUUUUCUGUUUCAGUUUGCCACCUCCAGAUGUGAAACGGACUGCAGUCCACUCUAAGUACUGUGCACAAUAUCUCCCUGUGUGUGUGCACAGUGGCUUCCUUCCCCUUACCUGGUAGAUUUUUGGCCUUAAUAUAAUCUGAUCCCAAAGUAUUUGUGUAUGUUUUUUGUUCCUCAGCAAAUAAAUGAGGAAAUAAUUAGCCAAGAUUGGAAAUGUUUUGUCCUAACGGUGUCCCUUUAAUGUUUCAUAUGAAAAUUAUGUUGACCCACUAAAAUAUCCUUGCUCGAUGCCUGGUGAGUUGAAGUUAAUAACAUAUCUGUUAAUGUUCGUGUGUCUAUUAAAUGUGACUAAGCAGAAUUACUGAAAACUAUAAAAUCAAAGGCAUCUAAACUUUUGUACUUGUCUUGAUUAAUCAUAUAUAUUUAUACUUGAUUUUAUUCUGUCUUCCUUUGGUUUUAUUUAAUCACAAUUGCAUGAUUUUUGGUACUCUAAUCAAUUUUAUUUUUAGUCAUGUCAUUACCUGUUCUUGACCAAAUUACCAAGGACCAACAAUUUAGAUUUAGAUUUUUGUUUUCACUUGGGAAUGGAAAUUAGAUUUUCCAUGAAAGCAUUAAUGAAAUAUCAUUAGCUUGACCUGCAAAUAGCCCAAAAAUGCAAUUGCUGGUGAACUUAGCCUCAAAUUUCAUAAUACCAUAACUGUUUUUAUAUCUUGCCACUAAUUUUGACUGAACUUAAUAGCACUUUAUUGUACGAUUACAAAAAAAAUAUAUUCCUAGAAUUGUUGCCAGUGUAA